UGACGCAUGACGUCAGUUCUCGCGUCCGCCAUUACAUCAGUCGGCGUUUUAAGUACUCUGUGGUCCGCGACGGCGUCGUGAUGUGGUGGUGAUAGCGAAAUAGAAUUGAUUGAAACGCCCUCGUUGUGAAAAAUUAGAAGCUCAUCGAAAUAUCUACAGCGAUGCCACCUCCCGAGAAGAAGAGUUCUGUGUUGCACAAAACCAUUCUGCAAACAUAUUUAGAUUCCUUUGAGCAGCAUGAUGAGGAUUCUACUACUACUGUUAUUGCCGUCAAUGGCAGCGGCGAUGAAGCAGAUACUGGAGUUACGUACUUCAUGGAUGAAGAAGGCCGGUAUUAUUACCAGCCAUCGGCAGAUAGCCAAAAUCUUGUAUCACUUCCCGUUGAACAAGAUGAAGACAGUACAGAGCAGGAGACACAGAUACUGGUAGAUGGGGAAGGCUACCAAACUAUGACAUUUGUGCCAUCAGAAGGCAAUGGCACUGAAAUGAGCUAUGUUUUAGUUGUCCAAGAGGAAACUAAGCCGGUUAUAAAUAUUGAUAUCAAGGAUGAAGAGGAAAAAACUUGUGAUGUGUAUGCCUUUGAUGAAGAAGAGCUAGAAGAUUCUGAUGAUGACGAUACAGAGGCAAUACCUACAAAGACAAAAAAUAGGCAAAACCGGCCAGAAUACACCUGCGGUGUUUGUAAAUAUUCCAGUCACAGACGGUAUCUGCUGCUGCGUCAUAUGAAGACCCACUCGGACGAGCGUCCACAUAAGUGCAACGUGUGCGAGCGAGGCUUCAAGACUGUUGCCGCAUUGCAGAAUCAUGUGAACAUGCACAAUGGUAUCAAACCACAUGUGUGCAAAUAUUGCAAAAGUCCUUUUACUACAUCAGGGGAGCUCGUGCGCCACGUGCGCUACCGCCACACGCACGAGAAGCCUCACAAGUGUACAGAGUGCGACUACGCGUCUGUCGAGCGCUCCAAGCUGAGGCGCCACGUCCGCUGUCACACGGGCGAGCGCCCCUACCAGUGCUCGCACUGCACGUACGCGUCGCAGGACACGUUCAAGUUGAAGCGCCACCUGCGCACGCACACCGGAGAGAAGCCCUACAAAUGCGACAACUGCAACAUGUGCUUCACGCAGUCCAACUCGCUCAAGGCGCACAAACUUAUACACAACGUAUCUGAUAAGCCAGUGUUUCAAUGCGAACUAUGCCCAACAAAGUGUGGCCGGAAAACUGAUUUACGUAUCCACAUACAAAAACUGCACACUUCUAACAAACCGCAUAAAUGCAAGAGAUGCGGCAAAUCUUUCCCAGAUAGAUACUCUUUGAAAAUGCAUAAUAAGACUCAUGAAGGAGAGAAGUGCUUCAAAUGUGAGCUUUGUCCCUAUGCGUCAACAACUCUACGACAUCUCAAGUCGCAUAUGCUCAAACACACUGACGAGAAACCAUUUGCAUGUGAUCAGUGUGAUCAAUCCUUUAGGCAGAAACAACUAUUGCGGCGCCACCAAAAUCUCUACCACAAUCCCAACUAUGAGCCAAAACCUCCCAAAGAGAAGACUCACACUUGCCAUGAAUGCAAGCGGACGUUUGCUCACAAAGGCAAUCUGAUCCGACAUCUUGCUAUCCACGACCCUGAAUCAGGACACCUUGAGAGGGCAUUGGCACUUAAAUUGGGCAGACAAAAGAAAAUACACUUUGUGGAUACCAACGCUAAGUUACAGAGCAGCAACUCAGAGGACGAGGGAGAGGAAUUAAUGAAAAUAGACCUGAGUGGUAAACAGUUGGAGCGCGGAGAACUGCUGACUGUGGCAGAUGGUGACGGCCAGCAAUAUGUGGUACUGGAGGUGAUCCAAACUGAUGAUAGUGAUGAUCACAAGAUAUCUGUACCAGACUAUAUUGAAGAAAAGGAAGAAGAAGAAGAAGAGGAGGAAGAAGUAGAAAUGGAUAAAAAAGAAAUUUUGGAGCAAAUCAAUGCAAGGGCUUUGGAGAGGACAAUCAAAGUUGAAAAAGAUGUUGAUGCUUGCUUUGGCUUUGAUGAUGAUGAAGAACAAGAGGAAGAGGAUGAAGAAAUGAACUACAAAGAAAGCAAAAUAGUAAUGCGUUUGGUUUAAAUACGUUUGGUUUGGUUUGUUCGAGUUCGUAUAAUAUUAUUUUGUAUAUUAUGUAUAUUAACUGCAUAUUAACAUAAUUUACAGUCUACUUAUUUUAUUUUUUAAUUUUUUAUACUUCAGUCUUAUCACAUGCGAAUAUUUAAUAUAUUGUAUGUAUUUUACUAUGUGUAUUAUGUAUAUUAUUAAUUAAGAAGCAGCAUAUUAACAUAAUUUACAGUCUACUUAUUUUAUUUUUUAAUUUUUUAUAUUUCAGUCUUAUCACAUGCGAAUAUUUUACUAUAUUGUAUGUAUUUUACUAUGUGUAUCAUGUAUAUUAUUAAUUAAGAAGCAGCAUAUUAACAUAAUUUACAGUCUACUUAUUUUAUUUUUUAAUUUUUUAUACUUCAGUCUUAUCACAUGCGACUAUUUUACUAUAUUGUACCAUAUAUUUUAUAUUAUGUUUUACAUGUUAUUAUGCUUUUUAAAACAUUUUCAUAUUAUUAUAGCAAUUACAGUUAUCAUUGUUUUGUUCAGUCGGAGUUUAGUAAUUUUAUUCCGCUGUUAUCUGUGAAGGAUGACGAUGGCUAUUUCUAUUUUCUAACGUUUUCGUAUUUUAAUAUAAUUUGUGUACCGUUACUUAAAAUUUAUUUAUUUCUAUAUAAUGUCUUAAGCUUUAUUAAAAGUAUAAAAGUAUUACACCAUCUUUACUCCACUAUGUCGUCUUACUGUAACAUGCUUUUGAAAAAUAGUUAUUAUUAUAGAUGGUCAGAGAUGUACAAAAUGGUUUUUAAAAAGCAUUUAAAUACAAAAUGCAAAAUACUUUUGAGAUUUACUAUUUCAAAUGCAAAAUACCAAAUAGGUUUGCGUUUUGUAUUUUAAAUGCUAAAUGCAAAAUAGGUAUUUUCAAAAUACUUCUUCAAAAUAAAAUACCUUUUGACCAAAUCACAGAUAAUAAUUUGUAUUUAUCAUGUGAAAUAGAGACACAAUGCCAAAUCAUCGUACAAAUACAAAAUCGUCAUAAUGUUCGUCAUUUUCGUGACAUUGUCACUCGUCAAAACUAAAGACUUUGACCAACGAAGAAAAAAAUAAAAAACCAGCCAAGCGCGUGUCGGGCCACGUGCAGUGUAGAGUUCCGUAGAUUAAAUGAGCAGUUUAAUUCCUUAUGCAAUGCACAAAAAUACCGAUAACAGUGCCCCACACCAUGUGAUAGAAUAUUAAAAAAAUUCAUCCUCAUUUUGUAGGGAAAAAACCUCAAGAACAACUUUUUUUCAAAUUUUUUUUUACUACUUAAUAGACGUAAUUAAUAUGCAUGCAUAUUUAUAACAAAUUUCAGCUUUUUAGUUUUAACAGACUCUGAGAUAUCUUAUUUUAUUUACAGCUUUACCUUUUUAAUUAACUCAUAAUUUAUUUUUAAUUAAUAAUUUUAACCUAUUUUAGAAUUUAAACUAUCGUGAGUGUUAUUCAUAUUAAUUGAUUAUGAAACACGGCUAAAACUCACGUGAUAUUACUUAUUAUUAUUUUACUAUACUCAUGCUAAUUUACAGAUUUGUAGUAAUAAUAGUCACUGCGCUAAGCCGCGGACGGACGGACAGACAGACGGACAUAGCGAAACUAUAAGGGUUCUUUGUGGACUACGGAAACCUAAAAAGGCUAGCAGGCGCCUCUAUUGGUCAAAUUCGGCAAUACAAGCGUCAUGCGAUCAUUUCAUUUUGUUUGACUGUUAAUGUUGGCUAAACUUAAUCACAAAGUAUUUUGCAUUUUGAAAUGAAUAUUUAAAAUGCAAAAUACAUCUCGAAAGGUAUUUCAAAUAAAAUACAAAAUGCUUUUUACUGAAAGGCAUUUAAACACAAAAUACAAAAUAGGUAUUUUGCAUUUUGUAUUUGCAUUUUAAAUAGAAGUAUUUCAAAUAAAUCACAUCUCUGUAGAUGGUACAGUGUUCUGAUCUGUAUAAUGGUAAUUUUUUUGUUGUGUAUGUUACCUUUAAAUCGAUUCUGUAUGUACAUCCCCACUAUCAUAAUAUAUUAUUUUAUAUUUAUUAGCAAUGUUAAUUUGUCAAUAUAUUUAUUCUUAAGUCAUUGCUGUAAACUAGUUUUCAGUGUGGUAUCAAAAUGGCAAAUUAGAAUGAAAUUUGUGUUAUUUACUUAUUAUUAUACGUUAUUAAUAACUAAUACAAUAACAAUAUCUUACAUAUAUAUUUUUUUAAAUAUAUUUAAUAAUGUUUAUAAAAGUUUUAUAUACUAUGUCUUAUUUAUAUCUUUUUAUCAUGGGUCAUGACAGUGCAAAAAAAAUAUUAGUGGGGUUGUUGAACCCUGGAUCUUUGGGUACUUCUCAUGACGAAUUCAUGGCCGCUAUGCAGACACACGCGGUGGAUAUAAUGGCUAUAAAUGAGACCUGGUUGAAGGAUGGAGAAGAGGGCCGAGCACCGACGAUACCUGGUUACAAACUAUGUCAUGUUCCGCGUCUACCCACCGUGCGCGGGCGCGGUGGCGGGUUGGGCUUCUAUAUACGGCGUGGUAUAAACGUUAAAGUAUAUAAUCAUCCUGAAAAUAUCCCCGUAGAACAAAUGUGGUUGGUAUGCCAGAUUGAUGGAGUUAAGCUCACCAUCGGUACAGCGUACCGCCCACCGUGGCUCGACGUAAAUAUUUUUUUAGAUGCCUUAACCGAGUCGGUGAGUUCACUGUCAAACUCUGACCACACAAUUUUACUAGGUGAUUUCAAUGUUGAUAUGACACAGCCUGACACUACUAAUUAUAAAAAAAUUAAUGAUUUUUUAAGUUAUAUGAAUUUUACGCAAUUUAUCACAGAGCCUACACACUUUACUGACCAUAGCUCAACCCUCAUUGACCUUGUUUGCGCAGAUAUUAGUUUAUCUAAUAUUACCAUUAAUCUCAUCCCAGAAUUGAGCAGGCACGCCUUUAUUAAAUGUCAGGUCGAUAUUAUCAAAAUAAAGCGAAUUCCUAAGAAAGUCAUAUUAAGACCAUUAAAGAAAAUAGAUAAGGAUUUGUUUGAAGAACAUCUAAAGCAAAUAAAAUGGGAUCUUAUUAUUAAUAUGCAGGACGUUAACUCAAUGGUGCUUGCUUUUAAUUCAUACCUACACUUAUUAUUUGAUGUGCAUGCACCUCUCAAAACUAUAACUAUCAAGGAAGAAUCUUAUCCAUGGAUUACUCCUACUAUUUUGCAAAUGAUGAAGUUACGUGAUCAAGCUCAUACAAAGUGUCGUUCAAACAAAAAUUCGGAUGAAAGGAAAACGUAUUAUAAAGAUCUUAAGCAAACUGUAACUUCUGCGUUAUAUAGGGAAAAACAAGCUUUUCACAAUUAUUAUAUUAAUAAAUAUGUAAAUGACUCUAAAAUGCUUUUUAAAAAUCUAAAAAAAUUCGUCGUCCCAAAAAGAAAUGCGUCGGAUAAUGACUAUUAUGGUACGUUUAAUGAUCCAAACCUUAUAAACGAUCAUUUCCUAAAAAUUCAGGUGAAUAAACGUGUUAAAGAAUCCGAUAUUAGGUAUUAUAAUAGCAAUCGCUUUACUGGGUCUAGAUUUGAGCUUCAUUCGGUUUCGGAGGAUUAUAUAGCCAAAAUUAUUUAUUCACUUAAAUCAAACGCUACUGGAACCGAUGGAUUAUCUCUGGACAUGAUCUUAUUAACCUUGCCUUCAACUCUAUGCGUUAUAACUGCAAUUGUUAAUCGUUCCAUUGCAACAAAUGUCUUUCCGCAUGAAUGGAAAACCGCUAUAGUUAGACCUAUUCCAAAAAAAACAAAUGUAACUUCACUCACGGACUUACGUCCCAUCAGUCUUCUUCCCUAUCUUUCUAAGACAGAUACGCUGCCACCAAGUGCUGGAAUAAUCUUCCUCCCCCCUUGCGUAAUGUCAGUAAGUCCAAAGCCUGGUUUAGGAAAUCGGUAAAAAACAUUUUACUUUUACAACAGCAGGGUAAGUAACAGUCUCCAAUUCCAGGCUCCUCACCUACUUACCCUCUUUAAAAAAUAAAUUAAUAUCAAAUAAGGGAAGGGAAGGUUUUGAGGUCCCAAUAAAUUAAUUUUAUUUAUUUCUACUCUAUAUUAUAUUUCUCACUGAAAACGACUAAUAAUUUAUUUAUUUAUCACACUAAUAAACACACAAAAUAUAAUUAUAAAGGUAUAUUUAUAUGAUUAUUUAUUAUGUUCGUAUGAGGUAAAUUUUGCCUGUUUUCAGUAGAGAGUUCUGCUUAGUUAUCAUGUAUCGAGGCAUUACAAUUUAUUUAUGCUGUGGAUUAAUUUUUCUUUUUGUGUAUUUUUUUUUUUUGGUUCACAAAGAAUAUUCAUGUGCAUUACAAUGUACAGUUGGCACAGUGUAAUAUAUUAUUUGUUAAUAAUUUUCUGUUUAGCAAAGUAUGUUUAUGAGAUGACUUAUGCCAGUUCUCAGUAGAAAGCUCUGCUUAGUUGUCAUGUAUGGGAUGCAUUACAAUUAUUAUAAUUACAGAUAAUGUGGAUUAAUUUUUCUUUUUUGUUGGUUCAUAAAGAACUUUCGCGUGCAUUACAAUGUACAGUAUAUAGUGUAAUAUAUGUAUUUGUUAAUAAUUUAAUGUUUAUGAGGUUGCUUAUGCCAGUUCACAGUAGAGUUCUGCUUAGUUAUCAUGUACGGAUACAUUACAAUUUACAGUUCAUGUAUGGAUUAAUUUUUCUUUUUUGUAAUUUUUUUUUUGGUUCAUAAAGAACUUUCACAUGCAUUACAAUGUACAGUUAUGGCAUGGUGUAAUAUAUGUAUUUGUUAAUAAUUAUCUGUAGGUAUAGCAAAGUAUGUUUAUGAGAUAACAUAUGCCAGUACUCAGUAGAGUUCUGCUUAGUUAUCAUGUAUGGAUACAUUACAAUUUACAGUUAAUGCUUUGGAUAAUUUUUUCUUUUUUUUCGUAAUUUUUUUUGGUCCAUAAAGAACUUUCAUGUGCAUUACAAUGUACAGUUAUGGUUAACAUAAAUGUAUUUGAUAAUAAUUUUCUUUACAGCAAAGUAUGUUUAUGAGGUAACUUUUGCCAGAGAGUUCUGCUUAGUUAUCAUGUAUGGAUACAUUACAAAUUUACAGUUAAUGCUGUGGAUUUCUUUUUCUUUUUUGUAUUUUUUUUUUGUUGGUUCAUAAAGAAUUUUAUUUUGAUGUAGGGCUCACGCGGUUGCAAUUCUAACUUGCUAUGUAUGCCCCAUUCAAAAUUUCUUUUUUGAAUGUUCGAAACUUGAAUUAAGUGUUAGUUAUUUAUGUAAUUAGUCAUUGUUUACUUAUUAUAAGAGAUAAAAGUGGUCACCAUAAAUUAAAAUAAAUGUUUAAGAAUAAUGGUGUGUAUGUAGUUGUAAAAAGAAUAUAUUCCGUAAAAAUAUAUAAUAUGUAUUUACUUUUCAUGGUAUUUUUUUUAAUAAUACCUAAUUUUUCUUUGAAUUGUUCACUUGAUAAUCCAAAAUUGUUAAACGCAUGUAAUAAGCUGGCCCGAUAUUUAAGUGUGGAUUUAACAAUUAUUUUUAUUGGCUUAAAGAAUUAGUGCCUGUGAAAAGGAUUAUGUAUAGUUAUAAUUAUAAUAUAAAAUACACUUAAAAUUUAGGUUACUUUAUAAUUGUUAAUCACAUGAUAUAAUGAUAUGUUGUGCAGAAUAUAUUUCAGAUUUUCCAUUGGGAAAAACAAUACCAACAUUGUAAUGCCAGUAGUACUAUCUUAAACCAAAUUCUUUUUUUACUUCUUGACAUUCAGUUUAUUAGUGAAUAACGUUUAAUCUAUAGAUUUGUGGUUUUAAGUAAAAGGCUUAAAACUUUCUGGUGUCGUAUAUUAUACAUAUGUGUUAUACAUAUUAUAAUAGGAUAUUUGAUGUUAUAGAAAAUAAGUUCUUGUUUAUUACUUAUUCUCGUCAAAAAACACAAUGUCGGCAAUAUUGGCAACAUUUUUUUUUUUAAUUACUAAUUUAUUUAUUCCCAACCAUUGUAAUCUUGAAUAAAAUAUUGUCUUUAGAGCCUUUAUUAUACAUAUACGGUAUAUUAUUAUUAUUAUAAGAGAGUUGAAAUUCAAAACUUAUUAAAUAGUCUAUUAAACGUAAAAGUUAAAUUUGGGAAAAUUAACAGGUAGUUACUCAGUAAAAUAUUUACGAACUUAAUAACAAUCUACACAGAAUUAGAUGACGUCUUAACAUAGUUAGUAGGAUGUUAUAGUACCUCAGUAGAUUAAACUAUUUUUAUUAGGUAAAAUGUUCAAAUAAUGGUUUGUUUAAUCUAAGACGUAUCACUGGGUUUUUUUGACCAUUUACUAUUCAUCUUAUGUUUAUGGUCCGCAUGAAAUUAUGUCAUUACUCAACCUUAAUUAAACAAUAAAUCAACAAAA